AUGUUUCUCCUCUUUUAUAAGGCCCUGGAGGAGAGCACUUCUGCAUUUGUUGUAGCAUGGUUUACUCUUAUGAAAGAUACCCAAUUUCUUACAGAACGAAACUUCCGUCCUUUCCCCGAUCAUCCGGAUAUUGCUGGUGCCUAUAAAUAUGCAGCAGCACUUUCAUCCAUUGUUUCCCUUGUUGCAUUACAAUACCCCAGAGUUGAGAAGUUCAUUCAGGAGGAAUGGGCGACCCCAGUCUCAAGCGAGUCCUCUGCUACACCGCCUGCAAAUCCUGGACCUCCCCGUGGAUUGGACCAGGUUCCAGAUGGUAGCUUUUACAUCAAGAAUCCAGUUGGAAUUAAGGCCAUCACUCAGUGUUUCGUUGAGACUGCACAUAAUUCUACGGCCAGCGUUCCCGGUUUCUGUUGGUGCCUAAUACUCUACGACCUCCUCUCGUUUGUCAAUGAGCGACGGCAAGAAAUGGACGAGAUGGACCGAGCCGGCCAGGAGAGUAGGAAUCCGAGGGUUGAGUUUUUCGAGAAUGCUCUUGCUGAGCUGUUUGACGGGGCCACUGAGCGGGGAACAAAGGCUCUUGGGAAGGCAACGGCCGAUAAUGCUCUGGAAACGAUUAUUCUCAUGAUCGAGCCUACCGGGGGACAACCCGUUGGGCCGAGGUUCUGGGUGGAGGCGGAGGAAGAUGGCCGCAGGAUGAAGAAUGUGAUCGCAGAUCUUCUCAGAAGGGCUCUCCAUGCUCUCCCACUUUCUGCGACGGUGCUGGGAGCUGUUCUCUUGGCCAACGAGGUCCAAUACAAAGAUUUGGAGGGCCACCAAGCUUUCCUCAGGGAGGAUUCCGACACUAGUGACACGAUUACAGGAUGGACUGGUAGCCCUGCCGUGAGAUUUACAAAGAAUGAGGAAUCGCGAAAGUUCCUACGACGAGCUAAAAACCGAUUUCCAUAUGAACCGAUUAUUUUCUUGAAGGUCAUGAAGGCUUUGGCAACUGUGAACGUGGGUGUCACAAAUUAUCUGAUGAACAUGGAUACCUAUACUCAGAUUCUCCCACAAGGAUUUAGCGACUACGAUGUUGACGAUGAAGACUCGGAUGUCACUCGGAUUCAAUUGACCAAUGAUUUGGUUGUUUUUGCGCCGCGGAGGGCUGGCUUCUUUGAGGAGGAAUACAGUUCUAGGGGAGGUAUUGUGAUACCUGCUGGCACAAUAGGAGAGAUGAUCUCAACGGGAGGUAGUCGUCCUGUUGUUGCCUGGCAACAUGAAUACAACGCUUUCCCAGUACUUGGGAGAGUACUUGAGCAAGCAUUGAUUGGCGAUGGCUCGAACUCUGGACCUAGCUAUGCAGCGGUAGGAGAGCUAGGCAGUGGCGAAGCGGUUACGGAAAUCAUAGGGCUUCUCACUAUUCUCAUCGCUUGUGGCAACGGGAGCACCCCGGGAGAGUUAUCCCCUGCCCGAAUACUCGAGGAGGCGAGCGAUCUCGUCGGCCGAAGCAGGGAUGUAGUUUCCAUCAUUUUCGAUCUCCUCGAGGCAGGACUACAAGUAGUGGCAAACUCUUCAAGCGCCGGCAAAUCGACUGAUUUCAUUGUCGCUGCGAUACAAUUCGUGGAUGCUUUGGUUCCAGCUCUUCCUGGCCGGGUGUGGCCAUACCUUGCUCGGAGUACCAUACAGGAGCGGCAUGGUCGUGGUGGGGCUUUUUAUGGGAUUUUGUCUGCUGUGGAGGUUGUGAGAGGCGAUUACGAGUUUACGAUUAAUUGCCUUAGGCUGUUUGAGGACCUUGUCGAGGAAGCUAUCAAGAGUAGUGUAGUCAACAUGGGUGGUAGUAGGAGUUUGACUGUGGCCUCUAUGGCCGCUCCACCAAUUACUCGUUCUGGUGUGAGCACUGCGGUACAGAGAGAUAUUCUGUCGGCUUGGACCAGAGUUGUUGUAGAUGUGUUUGAGAGCUAUUAUGCUUGGAAGUAUAUUAAUGAGGAGCAGAAGCUAGAGAUUGGACAACGCAUCUCGAGAAUAUUCACUAGAAUCCUCUCGAUGGUCUAUGGGGUUGAUGAAUCCUCGGAUUUGAGCUCGAAGAUCACCAGCGUUUUGGCUCCUAGCGCUGAGCACAUUAUUAUGGUAUUUUUGUCGGAAGGUGAUACUGAGCUCCCUAUGGAACCCAUCAUCCGCACAAUACGUGUUGGUCUUGAGACACCGGAAUCAAGUUUUCAUCUGAGAUCUUUGAAUUCUUGGGUAGAGCAUGUAGUUUCGGUGAUAAAAUUUGCUGAGGUUUGCGUUCGAACGCGUGGGUAUUUGGGGUUACCGCCUUCGCAGCUAGAGAAACAAUUGUACAAUCUCACUGCGCCUUUGGCUAAAUUAUAUGUGAUCCAUGACAGAUACCGGGCGCCUGUUUUGGGGAUCUUUGAAAGUCUUGUUGCGGCGUCCGGAACAACUCAAUCCGAACCACCCUCAUUGCUAGGACAUCUCGGUGCCGAUUGUGCCAGCCAUUUUACGGCUGUCCUCGGGACUCUGGACAAGCCUUUUGACGAUGAGCAUCUGGAAGCACGUAUAUGGGGCUUUGUGUCUGCUGUUUUGAGCACUAAACAACAGGGCUUGUCGAUAUUGCUCCUCCGUGGUGAGACGUUAUGGCAAGGUGGUCUGAAUGGGCGUGAUAAGGGGUCAAAAAGGUCGUUAAUCUCGGUAGCGCUGGACUCACUGUCAGAGAUCGACAAGAUAUCUUCCACAAAGUCAUUGGCAAUGCUAGAAGCCGUGGCUCUGGCCCAGAAUUUCUUGAGCCUUGCUAUGGAUGAUUUGGGAAAACACUCCAAGUUCCUUCCUGCGAUUACUAGAUUUGUGGAGGCGCAGACAAUUGAGUUCCUACCCGCCGACUCUAAGGAAAUAUUGACAGAAAAGGCGAUUAGGGUAGCGGUGGCAGCUCACAUUGCACAACUUUUGGCUAUCCACUUACACUCCCGGAGACCAUCUUCACGUGAUGGGACGUUCUUUAGGCAACUUAUUCCUAAGUUAAAGUACUACUUUGACCAGGCGGCUACCAUCAGCGGAUAUAGAGCUUCGCUACACGUAAAUCUGCGCAAGAAUUUCGAAGAGAAAUGGCCCGGCCUAACACUACUAAAACUGAGAAAGACCACUCUUCAGCGAAAAAGCUACGGUAUCGACUACUUCUACGACAUGAGCCUGGCCGGAAAAGUCCUAUCUUUUGAUCCCUGCUGGGACAGCAGAGCAGACGGAUACGCCAACGAAGUAGAGCAGGCGAAUCUAAACCUCUCACUCGUUGAUUCCCAAGUGGUCCUCCUCCGCGCGUGGAAACUCCUCUCAAUGGAGCUUUGCGACUUUGUCUCGGCCAACAGAGAACUCGAGCAGCCGUUAGUUGAUGUGGUAGAGAGGUGCCUGCAAGCAAACAUAGAAACCGGCCUGCCCCCGCCAAUCUUCAAGACGAUAGUCUGCGAGCGUGCGGAAUUCGCAUUCGUAAUUCUCCGCCGCUUACAGCAGGCCAUGCAAGGUGCCAACGGGCAAUUUGACAGGAUUUUGGAACUAGCCUGGAAAGCUAUAUACACUUCUGCCACCGAAUUCCGACAGGCACUGGCCACUGCAGACGUGGGGUACUACAGGUCCUUAAUAAGGAUAAUCUAUCUUGUCCUGCAUGCGAACGCCAGCAAGCCGAACCAGACCACGGAAAGCGCAUACAUGGUCCUGGACAUUCUAAAUUUGGUCGUAGCAAAGGGCUUCAAAGAGCUAGCUAGCGCAACGCACACUCACUCGGAAGCCGCGAACCCGGAGGACAUAGCACUGGUGACAGCAAUCCUGCAAGCCUCCCUAAAACUGCCCGGAAUCUCGAUAAUCCAUGACAGCCUCGCAACGCACAUGGCAGAGAACGGGACAAUCCGCGCAGCGACAACCCUCUACUCCUGGUCCGAGCGUCUUGCCAUGGAAAGCAGGACGACGACAACGACGCGCGCGGCGAACGCGAACGCCAACGACCCAAUAUACGGCGAACUCAGCCUCCUCUUCCUCUUGGAACUCUCCACAAUACCCGCGUUAGCGAACCAACUCGCGACUGAGGGAAUCCUAGACCAAAUCUUAACCUCCUCCCUCACCGCGCACAUCGCCCGUCAGAGCGUGAACCCGGCCGGUUCACCGCGACUCUACGCCAUCUGGACGCGCGCGCUACUCCCACUCUCCCUGAACCUGCUUGUGCACAUCGGGCCGCGGAUCGCGCGGGAAGUGCACGCAUUCCUCUCCUUCUUCGCUCCGCAGUUGCGCGCCACGAUCACCGCAUGGAAGGCCCGCACCGUUGUCACGCUCGCGGCUGUUAACGAGGCAGUUAGCAUUGCUAUGGUGCUCGCUGUGCUCGGCCGGAUUAUGGGGGCGGGCGGUGGGGCUUGCCUUGACGGCUUUGACAAAGCGGCAUUGGUGGAGGAAGUCGAGUACUUGCUUUCCCAUAAGAAUUACUUGAAGAGUUUGGUGGCCGCCACGAACAAGGAGGAGGAGGAGAUGUUGAGGAGGGAAGAGGAGGCGGAUGCGAAUGGGAAUGGGAACGGGGGAGGAGGAAGUGUGGAGGGGGGGUUGGUGGUGAAGGUUACGACCGGUUUGGGGGUUUUGCAGGGGCUGCUGGCUGAGGAUGAGGGAGAGGACUGA